UAAACUAUUACAUAUACGUAUAUUACCGAAACAAAAUUCUCUAGAUACAUUAUUGUGGUCAUGAGCCUUCUCAAGCUAAGCUUCGACUAACUCGAGCUCAAAUUAUUUACAAAACAAAUCCAUAAUUUGAGCUCAAACUCGUUUAAAAACUUUAACGAACCGAGCUCGAACAAACUCUUACCAAGCCGAGCCUUGAGCAACUCAUGAGCAGCUUGGUUCACUUGCAAUCCCACUUACCUAUAAGUAUUUCCGAACUGAUCACAGUAAAAGUGCAAUCCAAUCAUACUGCGGGGAUAUUUUUGUUAAUCAUCUUCCAAACUGAUCACAUAGGCCCCUCCAAUAUGGAAACUGCAUUCAAUUACAAUACCCUGCAAGGAACCUGAACCACAAUAAGAGAAAUGAUUAUUGUAAUAACUCGCACCAACAAUCCUUUAAUAAUAUCUCAUGAUUCUCUCUCUCUCUACAAAGAAAAAGAACAUACGAGUGGAGUACAAAAUUAAAAAGGGAAGUAUUGAAAAUUGAACCACUGAAACUUGAAGGUAAACCAAAAAUAGAGACAUGGGUCAGUGGUCGGCCUCUAAAAAAACUCCCAAUAAUGUUCUCAAUAUUAUAUUUGAAAGCAUUCAAGGAAUUUCCUGAUUCUUUUAGACAUCUUCCAACAUUUAUUAUACAUCUUUCAAGAACUUGGUACCACCAGUACUUUUAAAGGAUGCUCGUCCUCCUCCCCAUUUCACUAACAUAAGCUCCCAACAACCAUAAGCAACAGAGAGAGAGAGAGAGGUCUGAAAUGGCAGUAGACCUCAACUCGUAUGAUCACACAGAUGAAGAAUACAUAGACAUGGAAGUCAGCUCAAACUCCAACUUCUUUUCCCACCCCACGAAUUCCCCUCCACACGCCAGAGAAUUCGAGUUCCAAAUGUUUUCCAGCUCUUCAGAGAGAGAAACCACUACUUCCCCCGCCGACGAACUCUUCUACAAAGGAAAACUCCUCCCCCUUCACCUCCCACCGCGCUUACAAAUGGUCGAAAAACUUCUCCAAAAUUCCAACUCGUACAAUCACAAUACAACCGAUAGCUUCGAAGAGUAUUUCACCACUCCAUUGACAACCAGCACAACCUAUACCACUCCUACAGCCAACACCCCAUUUCAAUCGUGCAAUAUCUCUCCCUCUGAAUCAUUCCACAUGAGUCAAGAACUAAACCCAAAUAAGUAUUUCUCAGAGUUCUCAACUGAAGAAAGCAGUUCCAUCAAUGAAGUUCCCAAAAAGUCCUGGACCAGAAAGCUUAAGCUAAUCAAACAGUCUCUCAAGUCUUUUUUCAAAAAGUCCAGUUGCUCAGAGGAAGGGAUUGUUCCAAGGGCCAAAGAGUAUCAGAAGAUUCAGAACAAAAAUACGAAGUCAGAAAGAAAGCCUCCAUUCGGGCAAAUUCAGAGAGAGAAAUACCACAACAGUAAUACCAUCUCAAGGAGCUUCAACAAGGAAAAGAUUGCACCAGAUAGUGGUGGUGCGCGACACAGGAGAUCGUUUUCUGGGGCAAUCAAACGGCUUUCAACGACUAAGUGCUAUUCAUCUUCAUCAUCAACUUCAUCUUCUUCAAGUUUGGGAAAUUCAAAUGGGUCCCAUGAGUCGAGAUUUCUCAAGAGAAGCAGCAGCGUGAGUUCAGAUAUGGAGAACUCGAUUCAAGGCGCGAUUGCUCAUUGCAAAAGGUCGCAGGAGGAAUUACAUUCGAGAAAGACAGUGAGCGAAGUUCCUUUCUACUCGUUGUCGGCUUCCAGAGUUGUUUAUGAGCAUCAAGAAAGGCCUGGACCCUGUAAAGAUUGAUGAAUGCAAGAAACCAAAGAGGGAGAAAUAAACAAGGACAAGAGUACAAAUUUUGACUCCGUUAUAUAUGUGCUCCUUUUUCCUUUCAUAGUUUUGCGGAAUGAGUGUAAUUUGACUAAGGGUCGUUAUGUACUAUAUUAGACAGGACAACCUUGUAAUAUUUAGGAAAUGCAGAAUAGAAGGUCCUGUUUGGUAUAUAGAGUUUUAUGUACACUAUCAAGCUUUUUAUCACAAGGAAUUUUAGAAUUCCAUGUCAGGAAGAACUCAACAAUAAUUGUUGAAUUAUGUUCUAUAUUUUCAUGUUGCCUAAAUGUUUUAAAGAUUUGAUAAUGACAAUUUACUGUUCCAUCAGUUCAAAAGGGACCACAAUAGCACAUUUUCUGAACAAACUAGACUCGACAAAUUUAGCAGAAGCUCCAAGUCUCAGUAUUGGACGAACAUACGGCUACUAUAUUUACCAUGGAUAAUAAAAGGAACAGCACUUUUGAAAGAGAGGGAAAGCACUAGGGAGAAAACGAAAGAACAAAAACUUAGUAUCAUUUGUUUUUCCAAAUCAUGCAAAUCAUAUCAAAGAAAUUUGCAAUCAAUGUCCACCUUUCAGGUGCACUGCAAAAUUGGUGCAAUGAGGAGGAUUACCCUGCCUACCCUGAGAUAGACUCCAUUUCGAGUGCAAUAACUACUCUACAGUUCCAAUUUAGACUAACAAUGUAUAGAGUCCAACAGUAAAAGAGUAAGACAACAGUAAUCAUCUCAUAGUUUGUGCCGGAGGAAAAAUUCACAUCAACUAACCCAAGCAGUUAUCGCAGGCUAUCCUGAGAGAGUUUUUCUUCAUAUAUUCUUCCAUAAACAUUUCAGACACUGGAUGUGGUGGGGAACUUAUAUCCUUUUCUUCCCCUUUCUUUUCCAAAGCUUUUUCUAAGCCACUGAACCGGAACAGCCAUUUUAUAUUUCAUUUAUUUAUGCUAUAUGCAUGGUAAUUAGUCUACGCUUCUCUUCAAAAUUAAGGAUCCUUCCACCUUCUUACAAUAUUAUGCUGUUGCAAAACCAAAGAUUGUGCCCUCAUAAGUCCCACUUUUUUAUCUUUUCUAUCUGAUAGAACAAGGGUAUCAAAAACCACAUGCUCAUUUUCCCACCAUCACAAACGAAGGACAACAUCAGUUGCUAAUCAAGCAGUCGCAUUCAAAAGAUAGUAAUACUAUGAGCUGACAUGUUUAGCACGUAACAGCUGAAUCAUAAAGUAAUUUGAAAGUACCACAAUUUAGGUGAAGAUCAAUAUGACAAUGUACCUUAUAAUCAAAGAUAAAUAAGAGGAAUAAUCAUGACUGUGAUUCCAAUAACCUACCUGCUUCCCCUUAAGGACAAUUGAGAAACAUCUGAAAGCACUAAAACAUUAUUAUAAACUCAAUUUAAAGGGUAAUGAUUUCCAAAUGGGCAAUUAAGGAAGAGGAAAUCUACAAAUGCAGACAAAAAGCCUUUCAGAUGGCUCUUUUUCACCUUUUUUUAUUUCAAGUAGGUGCAGCAAACCUUAAACUAAGUUAACAUGUCAGCCAGAUCUUUGACAAGAUUAGAGCCAACAAAAAGCAGUAAUUAGACUAAUUGGAUGAUGCUGAGCACUAGGGGCACUGAUAAGCAUGUAACAAGAGACUCUUUCCCCCACCCAUUCUCCAUGUAUUUCUAAAGAAUGGAAGAAGGAAAAGGCAGGGUUCACACAUCAGAAGAAUAAGUUUAUUAUCUAUUAUGUUAUCAUGUCAGCCUGUCUGUCUGUCGCUUGAAUAUCCUAGAAGCCAAGAAUAAAAUAGCAAAAGGGCACACUAACUGUGAACGGGUGAGACAUUAAUGGAGUAAACUAUGCAUUUUGAAGUACUUCAAGUCAAUCUAUAAGCCAAUAAGCGUAUCUCACUUUUUAGUUCAACUGGAGCAUGUUAAGCUAGUGAUCAGUACAUACAAGGAGUAUCAAUUUUGGCAAAAAGUUAAGAGCAUUGGCAUAAUCAUAUAAGGAAAAAUAACAGUUGACAUUUGUUUUUUAACACAAAGACAGCAUAAUCUGCUGCUGUCCUUCGGAUGAACAAAUUCUCACGGAGAAUUAUAAGAAGGUAGGUAGCUAGCAUACAUAAACUUUUAGAUUCCGAAGAGAGCACAGAAAUCUUUCCAGUUGAUUUCAUCUGGUGCACCAUCCAUGGGAGCUCCGUACUAAAUUUUGUACAUCUUUUUCAAUUAACAUGAUCAUAUGGUUCGGGUUGCAAUAAUAAGGUUUGAUGUAAAUGAGCCUCGCACACUGCACAAGCAAGGAAGAGGGAAAAAGUGCAAGGGCUGACCAGUAUUCGUUGUUGUCCAUGACAAUCCACUCCAGAUUAAAUACUGGAAGAUUUUGACUUGCAUGAAACGGCAGAACGUGAACUACUAUCAUGGAGUACAGUAGACAAUGACAUUUGCUAUGUUCCACAUUCAUUACCAAGAUACCAUAAAACUACACAUGAAUAUUACAACAGUUCUAGAGUUCCUAUGAAAUAUAAGUUGCAUAACAAGGGCAAAAAGAUAGAUGACAUAAGCAUAGCAUCCUUCUCUUGCAGAUAUCUUUUGCAACAAAAGCACAGAUAUCUUUUCCUUCUCCUUUUAUAUGUUUAUAUGUUAUAAGUGGAAACAUAACUUAAGUUCUGAAAGUUUCGUUGCCCUAAAGAUCUCCAUAUUGGAACUGUCAACAAAAGUAAGAUGUAUCAGUUCACUGGAAAGCGAAAUUAAAUGAGGCCCGAUCGAGGACCAACAAAGCUGUAAAGCAUGGAUAAGAGUUGCAGGCGCAAUAUUGUGUAGGAUUGAAGAUUUGGUCGACGCCACGGUCAUUUCCAGGUAGAUCUUCUAGAUAUAUUUCAAGAUAGACUCUUCCAUUAUCCAGAUUAUGCAGUAAUGACUUACCAACCAGGAUUGACCUAGUUUACGCCCCCCAAAAAAAAAACCUUAGGAUUGAGCAUUUUAGGUGUAGAGACUUAACAUUCACUACAGUUUUUCUCCUUUGUAAGGGGAAUGAGACUUCUUACAUUUCCAUACUUGAUUCUAAUCACACACAUACAUCCAUCACAUAGUAACUAACAAACAAGCAGACAGAGAAUUAAAUAACGUGGAACUGAGAAAAGAAACCAUUUAUAGCAAUGAAUCCAGAAACUUUAGUGGUUCAUAUGUGGUCUAGAAGAUAUCCAACUCUCCAUCUCAACUCAACUUGGUAUUGACUAUUAACAAGUCUGCAAAAUGAGGUAAGUUGACAGGAAGUUUCAAAAUUCAGGUGAGGAAUUUCUUCCUUGAUAAGAUAGCAGUAUCAAAUCCUCAAUACUCCUGUCUUUGAUCACCUACAAAAGGAUGAAAAGAUCACAUAAAGAUUUAUGCAGAAGAUAUGUAGGUACACUUAACCUGGCAGUACAUGUCACAGUAGAUUAAACACAUCAGAGGUGAUAAAGGCAUGUCUGCCAGUGGAUUAAACUUCACUUGUGGGUGCAACAGCGAGGGACCUAUCCAGUCAAUCAGAAACUCAUUUGACAAGGAAGUUAGUUUCCUCAUUUAGGUUGCCUAUUUUCAACCAUGCUAUUCGUUACCCAGAUCCAAAUCCUGCUCAAUCAAACAGAAAGAAGAAAAAGAGAGAGCCAUUUUAGAGUGACCCUAAAUUCAAACAAAGUAACAAAAGCGACACAGUAUAAACCAUC